AUGGCAACGGAUGAGCCUCUUCCGACUUCUCCCGAAGAAGGGGAAGAGGAGGCGAAGACAACGACGCUUAAAAAUCCAUACACCGCUCCAAAAACGAAGCGGAAACCGUAUGUGCAAGCGAGAGACUUUGAAAAUUAUGCGGGUUUAGCGCGUUUGGAGAGUAUUCUCGCUCGCAUAUACGUAGAAGAUUCUUUCGCAUCGACGGCGCAUGCGGACAGAUUGGACGCAAAAGCAGUCGUCGAAUCUAUUCUCGAACUUUUACAAGGAAACGAGGAGUGUCUUGGUUUUAAAACGCCGAUGGAUCCAAAGGUCAGACGGCUGAUGAAACUACCAACGCACGUGUUCGGCGAUUUAAAACCGGCUGGCUCUUUAUUCAGAAUUUUGUUGUGCGCGUUUGAAGCGAAAAUGUCACACAACUGGAGGAACUUUUCUUGGGUAUCCGAGCAACGAAGAAACGAACUCAUCGAGGACGUGUUUAAAAGAGCCGAGCGAGAGCUGAAAACGCACGGCUUUUUGAAGCACAAGAAAGUGUACAUACCUCCUUCGCUGAGGAAGUACUUGAAAAAUGCCGUCAAGGCAACGCGCAUUGCCGUAGCCGAUAAGCCGACAGACCCGGGUGUCACCCACUGUAUAGAAAUUCCGAGAGGACAAGACGUGCUCUCUUCGUUGAGUACGCGGGGAAGCGAAUUCACUCGCACUGUUCGCGUUGAUCGUUCUGAGACGCUCGUACAUUACUCGUAUCACCCAGAUUCGUACGAUUGUUGGGUUCCAAACUCGAGUGGACAAGCUCCACGGUACAUGGACAUGUCAGAGGCCGUGCCAAAAAACGGGAAAGCUUGGGUGGUAAAUCCGCUGUGGUUAUUGGACUCGGCUUCUUUCAACGAAUGGAUGAAUGAGCUAGACUAUCGCGCUAAUGUUGAGGACGACUCGUGUAAUCAGCAGCAGCAGCAACAACAACAGGAAGAGGAACAACAACAAAAUGCUGGUGCGAGUGAAGAGAAAAAAAGAAAAGAAAGAGAAUUGAACGACGCGCUCGGGAAGGAGAACUUGAGUUCUCGCGCGACGGAACGUCUAGAUUUUAGGGUAACUCGUCAAUACGUCGUUGAUCAGCAUCCAUUUGUUAUAGCAUCUGCUGAUUUCGAUGUGGAUAAAUCGAGCGGUGUGGCGGGUGCUGACCCGACUGACGACUCUAAAAUCGAGGCAAAUAAGCGCUUGAUCCAAUUGAAGAAGAAAAUAUGUUUGGAAAACUUGACGCACGGUCAGCUUCCGAGCGCUGCUUUUCCGAGCGUAGCAAAUGCCAGUGCGGAUGAGCAAAACGUUGCAAGUGCACUUGUCAUGAGUAGUACUAAAGAGAAUGUGGGAGCAUACAGAAUCCCUGUACACAGCUCGAUUUGGUUUGAUUGGUCCUCAACGAGUGAAGUGGAGAAGCGAUCUCUUCCAGAAUUGUUCAUCGCGACCAAAAGCAAUGAAAAGAAGAAGAGGGCGAAAAGCAAUGAUAGCAACGAGCAGAAGUACAUCACUUUGCGCAAUGCGAUUAUAAACGCGUAUAAAGCUUUGAAACCUGGCGUUGCGCUUAUGCUUCAAGAAGCGUUGGAAACGUGCGCUGCCGUAGAAAAGAACGAAAUGAAAGUGCAAAGAGUAUUUUCAUUUCUCGAGAGAUGGAAUGUGAUUAAUUGGCCUUGGUCGAAAGGAGCGACACGAAACGUUCCUCGCGUGAACUCCUUCCCCGCCACUGCAGUUGCUCUCGUCUCUUCUGACUUUCUUGAAAGGGUCAAACAUCUAGAAUCGUGUCCCGCGUUUGAGCACGAUCCGUUUGUUUUGGUGGAUUCUAAGUCUUUAGACGCGAAACGCAACUCAUCCACGUGCUCGCAAAGGCAAAUGUUAAAAUUGAAGAUAAUAAGUGAGAUGAAAUGCAGCUCGUGCGAUGUUUCUUUGAACGAAGAUAUUUCUGGGAGCAGCGAAGACGCGAAGAAGAAGUACUAUUAUCAUCUCUUGGACGGUUUCGAUUGCGAUUUGUGCGAAGGCUGCUUCUCGAGCGCGCGUUUUCCGGAAGGUUUGCAAGCGGACAAAUUUGAUCGCGUCGAAGUGAAAUCCACAGUGAGCGAUAAAGCUACCGGUGAAUCAAAGCAGGGUGAUAGAGUCUCAUCGAAAGGUGAUAGCAUCAACAACGAUGCCGAUGACGAUGAAAAUCUAAUUCAGAUUGGUUUCGAGGAUUGGAACGAAACAGAGCUGCUCGCUUUAUUGGAAGCUUUAGAAAACUACGGCAUCGGAAAUUGGAAAGAAGUUGCUGAUUUCGUUCAAUCUCGAACGGCAGAAGAUUGCAUUCGAGCUUUUGUGGCCUUACCCAUUCAAGAUGAGGUUUUGAAUGAUUUACAAAAACGAACAAUUAUUCCGCGCGGUGUUGCAGUCGAUCAUGCCAGAGAUGCAAAACAAUACGAUUUUUGCGCUGAAAGCUUCGACGAGAAGUUGUGUAAUCCAGUUCUGGCUCGAAUUUCGUUUUUAAGUACAAUGUUUUCACCCAGAAUUGCCGCCGUUGCCGCUCGAGAAGCCAUGCUGAAACUGCUUGAAAACAAAGUGAACGAAGAGGAUGAAAUCAAUGACCGGGAAUUUGUUGAGUCUGCAAACGCUUUGUUCACGGCGGCUAUUCUUGCGAUAAAAAACGCAGCGAUAAACGAAGAGAUUGAAAUAGAGAGAUUAAGUUCUUCGAUUGCUGAGAAUAGAAUCAAGAAAUGUCUCAUUAAAAUGCAUCAGUAUCGACUACUCGAAGAUGCGUUUCAUCGGGAAAAAGACAUGAUGGGUAACGCGAGAAAAGAAGCCGAAUCAGAAAUUGAAAUUUUUGCGCUCGCGGCUUCGAAGCACAAAGAAACGAUUGAGCGGUACACAGAAAUGGAAACUAAAAUCACAACGCAAAUGGCAAAGAUACAGGAAGCUGCUACUGCUGCUGCUACUGCUACUGCUGCUGCUACUGCUACUGCUGCUAGUGUUGCUACUGCUCCUCUUGCUGGACAACAACAGCAACAACAACAACAGCAACAACAAGAACAAUAA